AAAACUUGGUUGCCGGAUUCUCUUUCAUGUUAUUUGCUGCCCAUUUAUGGUGGGAAACGUGGUCCCAUCAGCCGGGGACCCGUCACGGAAAACAGCUUUAAUUGGCAGCCCGCCAGUUCGUUAGUUGAGGAUGGAAGUAAUUUACCAGGGUUCCUGAAGACGCCUUGGAAGAGAUAGUGGAAUUCGCCCUGGACUCAGCCUUAUGCACCCGCAGAUCAAUUGGCCGUUGAAGCGGCCACAUGCAGUCCCAUCAAACUCCCAGCAUGAGACGAAUUCACGUGCGGCGGCGCGAUUGGGAGAAGUGCGCAUUUGUGCACAAAGCUGCAGAUCUUUCCACCUUCGUUACCGGGGGCGUUUUCCUCUUGCUUCUGAUUUGCUGUACUUUGAGCACGCAUUGGGUGGCCGCGAAUGUUACAAGUUGAUGAAUGCUGACCGACUGUUUUGCGGCUGCAAAGCUGGGCGUUUUGGCGGGAGGAUCACAUCUGAUUUUUUGCACAUUUUUACCCGUACGGCCGUACCCCACAAGUUGCCCCCAAUCAGUGCCCAACCAACCCCCCCACCACGCCUGGUGUCGAGAGACGCAGCAAGUAACAGCCCUGACCAGGAAUCCUGUCAGCCACCGGUGACGGAUCCGAUACCGAGAACAAGCCACCCCUUACUCGGUACGAGAGCUUUCCCCAGAGGUGACAACGCUCGAGUCCGGGGCUCUGCUCUCUUUUCCUAUAAUAGAAUUCAAGAGUCGCCUUUGAGAUCUGACAUCUUCGCUUUGUGUGCCAUCAAUUGCCGUGUUUGUUGCCCUUUCUGUCCAAGGUCUCCGGGACUUUCCUGCAUCGAGCUGACAGCCUCGUCUCCACAACGGCACCCACACCUCCAGACCCCACCGCGCCAUUCCCGAGACAGACAUUUGGUGGACCCCGACUGUCCUCAAGAUGGGAGACCAGGACUACAAGCAAGAUGAUGAUUCUCAAAAACAGUAUCAAUAUUACUACAACUCCUCCCAACCCCUGUCUGCUCAGACAUAGCCAUCGAUGGCCAAACUCAGAACCCCGAUGUAGUCAUGCCAGGUUUCCCUUCAGAAUACUACGUCGCUCCAGCUGAAGCCUACGACGGCUGGCAGAACUACAGAGCCGCCUCAGUAGGCACAGCAGCAACCAGCU